AUCCGCCAUGUUGAAAGGUUGACAUCUGCAAGCGACUUUCUUCCGUGUUUUUUGGUUUUCUGAUUCAUCCCAAUAAGCAGAAAAUGAUUGACGGUUCCAGGGCAUCGCUAAAUCAAGGUGAUGAAGAUUCUGUGUGGCUAAAUGCACAUCAAGACCCAGUGGCCAGCCUCUACACAUUCUCUUCUUCAAUUUCAUUGGCUGAUCUCAAUGCCGAUGGAGAUUUCAAACUCUUAGUAGCAGACCUUGGUGCCGGRUCAUACGACAUGAAGCUGAAGGUCUUUAAAGGCACUAGYCUAUUCAUGGAGAGUGCAAUAAUUGACCUUCCGACUGCACUGGUGACAUUCUACAUGGACACUAAYGAUCCAAGAACGCCGGCAGUUGCUGUGGCUUCAGGUCCAUUCAUUUAUGUCUACAAGAAUCUAAGACCAUACUUUAAGUUCACCCUCCCUCCCCUAGAUGUCAACCCAGUUGAACAAGAUUUGUGGAAUCAAGCUAAAGAUGACAGGAUCGAUGUACAGAUGCUCAGAGAGAUGUUGGAGAGCUUGAAGAACGAGGGAAGUGAAGGGGAAUUAACUGUCAGAUCUUUGAAGUUUCUCUCACUCCCAUUUGAAGAAGUGGAUGGUUUUGCCAGUCUAUACAAAAUGGCUCCUCUUAAACGCCAAACUGUGAUCACUUGUAUGAACACUAUGAAGAAAAGCAUGGCUGAUGAUGAUGCUGUAAGCUGUCUUGUGAUUGGAACAGAAAGCAAAGAUGUCUUUGUCCUUGAUCCAGAAGCAUUUACAGUCCUUGCCAAAAUGAGCUUACCUAGUGUUCCCUCCUUCAUGUCUGUGACGGGAUUGUUUGAUGUAGAGUUCCGUAUUGUAGUGGCCUGUAGGGACGGUAAGGUAUAUACCUUGAAACGUGGCAGUAAAACAGCCAAGGCAUGCAUUGAGCUAACAUCACAAGCUGUCGGAUUGGAACGCAUUGGUAAAAACAUUGUGGUUGGUUGUAUGGAUGAUACCUUGGUCUGUUACUCUACCAAAGGAAAGAAAUUAUGGACUGUGUACUUGCCAUCUAACAUAGUAACCAUGGCACUAAUGGACUACAAAGCCAGGAGUUUCAAAGGAGUCUUUGUCAGCCUAAAUAAUGGAGARACUAGGAUCUACAAAGAUAAAUUCCUGGUCAACACAAUCCAGACACCUGAUCCUGUAACAGCCAUAAGAUUUGGUAGAUUUGGCCGUGAAGACAGUGCAUUGAUUCUUGUCACAAGCACUGGUGGUCUAUAUGUGAAGAUAUUGAAGCGCACUGCAACAUUUGAAGGCAAAGACUUCACUCCAGGGCCACCUCAAGCACAAUCAGUCAAACUAAAUGUCCCUAAGAAGACUAAGCUCUUUGUUGACCAAACAUUAAGAGAGCGUGAGAGUGCCACCAGCAUGCAYCGUAUGUUCCAGCAUGAUUUAUACCUGCUGAGGCUAACUGCUGCAAGAUCGUAUGUCAGUGCACUGCAGAAGAGCUURAACCCCAUCUCRUCAUCAGCAAUGGAGCCUCUGAAGCUCUCAGCUCACAUCCAAGGUAUUGGCCCAGCWUUUAAGCUCACUGUAAACCUUCAGAAUAUCUCACAAAGCAUUGCCAUCGCUAAUUUACUGAUCACCUUCCAGUACGACGAAUCGUUGUAUGCUCUGGCAAAGCCUAGUAUUACAGUUCCUAUGCUYGUCCCUAGUUUGUCAUAUAUCUACGAGACUCUUGUAGAAUGUAUUAGCGAUAAGGGUAUAUCUGAUACCAUUAAAGUGUUUGURUUAAGACAAGGUAAAAGUAUUCCUAUAAUAACUGCCGUUAUCAAUAUGCCUGUCAGUGAGGCUCUAGUCAUUGUAUAGUUUAUAAUGGUACAAAUCAACUGAAUGUAACUAAUUUAAAGAUUAAAAACUAUAGAUAGAGAAUGUUCUCCUAUCUUUAGGCUUAAUUAGGGUGUACAGAAAAAGGCCUUCCCUAGGCUAGGAAAUUCAACCMAAAGAUCUAUCUCUGUCAAGUGCUACAUGUAUUUAUUAAGAUAACCAGACUGCAUGCAUGAAUUUUUGAAAAUAUACAUGUAUAAAUGUAUAGAAGUGGAUUCAAAUGUACAUAGAUAAUAUAAAAGAAAUAAAGUUAACAUUCACUUCCAGUGCAAA